AUGUCUGUGGUUAGCAGUCUGGAGGCAGAUCUUGAACUCAAUACUUCAGCUGUGAAGUUUCUUGAAAUAUUUUCGACCAGAAUAUAUGAGCUUCUCACAAUCUCACCUGAGAUUAUACAAGGCAUUGAAAUUGUUGAAGGUGAAUGGGGCACUUCAGGCUUCGUCUUCCUCUCUCAUUAUACCCUGCUAGGUGAAAGCCACCUUCAACUUCACUCUCUACCUUUUACAUUACUGCUUCACGUACAUAUCACUGUGAUUAACACUCUUAAAUCAGAUGGUACACCACAAGUAGCUAAGCUGGUGGUGGAAAGCAUAAACUUAGUAGACCUAUCAAUGACGUUCAGAGUGAUAGAGGGAGAUCUGUUGGAUGUGUAUAAUAGCUUCAUGGUUUAUCUUAAACUAACUCCAAAUGUACUGUCGGGAAGCGUAUUGCAUUGGACCAUUGAAUAUGAGAAGCCAAGUUCAGACACUGCAGAUCCAGCCUCCUUGAUGGAAACUGCCAUUCAAGUCUCCAAAGACGUUGAUGUUUAUGUCAGCAACCUCAUCUAG